AUGGAUGAUGAAGUGACUGUUCCUUAUGAUGUGAUCACUUCACAAAAUCAAACUCAUCAGGAAAUUGUAUUCCUCGACCUCUACCUUAAGAAUACCUCUGAAAAUGCAUCUAAGGAAUACGGAUACUAUAUUUCACUCGCAACUAUAAACCCGAUUUCUAAUAUUACCUUGCACCAGGAUAUAAGUUGUAUCGUGUUCUCAGUAACUUUUAGUUACACCACGAUGAAGCCUUGCCAGGGUGAAAUCUUAGUUGGCACUGUAACUGAGAUUCAUGAGAAUGGCAUUGUUUUACAAUCCGGGCCAUUGAAGACCAUUUUUCUCUCAAAAAAUAGAAUGGAAGAUUACGAAUUCAAUCUAUCGAAUGAGCCAAUGUUCUUAAAAGUGAAAGGAUCAUCUUACAUCAAGGAAGGUACUAAGGUGAGGUUCAGAGUUCUCGAUGUGAAAUGGAUUCGAAGAGAAGAAGCAUUUAAUAUUGAGGCAACUAUUUUAGGUGAUUAUCUUGGACCUAUUUGA